GUGUACUUCCGUGCAUAUCCAUGCGUAUAUAUAUAUAUAUAUAUAUACGCUUCAUGUGCGGCGAGUAAUCUUCGUUCAAGUAGACUUCAGGAGACUGUGUGCCCAUCCCCAUCAUCAUCUUGCUUUCAUCGGAGACCUAAUCGGGACAUCAAAAUAAGAAAAUAAUUCACCAUGCCUUCGUAUAAGUUGAUGUAUUUUAACAGCCGAGGCCGAGCCGAGACAUCCCGCAUGCUCUUCGCGCUGGCGGACCAGAAGUACGAGGAUUACAGGUUCAAAGAUGGAGAGUGGCCUGGAGAGCUGAAAGGCAAUGCAGAUUUGUUUCCACUCGGCCAGGCUCCUGUGUUGAUCAUCGACGGCAAGGCCAUGCCUCAUAGUAAGGCAAUCCACCGCCAUCUUGCUCGGGAGUUCGGUUUUUACGGUGCCAAUAAUGAAGAGGCCAGGCAAAUAGAUGUAGUCAGUGAGACCGUUGAAGACAUCGUUACCAAGAUGUUACCCGUACACUUCGAGAAGGACGAAGCCAAGAAGGCGGAGUUACUAGAAGCAUUCAAGAUCGCAGUUAAGCCGUUUCUCUCUUUCCUCAACAAAUAUGUGGACAACAAACAAUUCUUUGUUGGAAAUAAGGCAACCCUUGCCGAUGUUACUGUAUACACUACGAUGGAAUAUGUUCAUAGCAUGUUCGGGGAGGAUUGUAUGACAGCGAGUUGGCCAGCGCUUGCCCGAUUUUACAAGUACAUCACCGAAAGCUCCGAACUGGCCGUGUACAUCAGGAACCGCCCUGUGACUGCCCAUUAAUAAAUAUAAAGAAACUCUGGGUGACGUUGUCGUGUUCUGGAUGUUAGAUUUCAUGGGUCCCAUGCUUUCAUCUGCCUUCACGGAUUACCCAGCUUUGCACAGCUUCUACAAGGGCAUCAAGG